AAUCAUUUGAGCUCCUCUGUAAAAGCAAGAAGCAAGGCAAGUUGUUUUGUCUUUUUUUUUUUUUUUUUAACUGCAAACUACAACAACAAAGAGGCACUACUCCCCGACCCUCCACCACCCCGGUUCCCGAGGAUGUCAGUCACCCUGGAAGCGUCACCGAAAGCGGAGGUCGGGAGAGCAUUUUCGGGCGGCAGCCCGAGCGGCCCUGUCCGUAGGUGGAGUAAAGCGGGAGGCAAGACGCCCCGCCUGCACACUCCUCCCGAAAACUGAUGCGUCUUCUUUGACCCGGGGGUCAGAAAGAUUUAUUACUUCCUCAGUGAGGGAGAAACCCCAGACCAGCUGGAAUGCGUGAGCCGGGAGUAGAAAGCCUGCAAGCGGCGCUCGGCGUCCUCGGAGCGCUCCCGGGAGCGGCUGUGUCCCCGGUUCCCGGAGGAGCCGGGCGGUGCAGACGCCGAGGGAAGAGCAGAGUGGGCGGCCGCUGAGGGAUUUCUGUUCAAACUUUAUCACCAACUCUUUCUGAGAGCAAAAAUAUGCGGCUGAGCCUGGCAGCGGCAAGGAGACUCCCAAGUUUCUCAGAGCCCCCGACGCCCGAUCGCUCCGAACCCCGCGCUCGCGCCCAGGCUUUAUGCGCACGGAUUGUUACGGCCUCUGCCGUGCGGCUGGCGGCCCGGGCUGCGUCGCCGUGAAUCGAGUCCCGCAUCUCCAGCCCCCAAGGCGGCGGCGGCUGGAGCCCGACUCUGGGAGGAGGGCGGGCGCGGGACGGGCGGAGGAGGAGGGCAGCGCGGCGAAGGGGAGGAGCCGCAGCGACAGACGGCUGCGCGCACCAACCCGGCGCCGGCUGGCAGGAGCCGCGCAGAGGCUGGCCCGAGCGUGUUGCAGCCGCUCCGCGUAGGGGGAGUCGGGUAGCAGCAUCCUCCCGGGCGCCGCUUUCGCGCGGCGGCAGCGGCGGGGGCUUUCUCUGCCCGGAUACCUCUUUGGCCAGAACUGGUCGGUGCCAGGGGGCGGGCCGACAAGGGAGCGCUGCAGACUCGGGCCCCUUGGCCGAUUGUUGUGUGUGUAGGGUCCUCCCCGGCCAGUCGGAGGCUGCGGAGCGGCGGGCGCUGCCGGCAAUGCCGGCCCGGGCAUCCUCCGAGUGAUGGAAGAAGCAGCUGCUGCCGCUGCAGGGUCUCGCUGCGCCCCAUCCACCGCCGCCAGAGAGAUGGGAAGGUUCGGUGCACGGAGGCCGAGAGCGAGAAAGGCGGAGCCGCUUUGCCGGGAGCUGGGUCCUGUAUAAGCCCCCUCCCCCAGCCGGCUUCGCCCCCCAAAGCGAGGAAGGAAGCUGCGGUCUCGAGAGGGCGGCGGAGACGCCGCUGGAGCUGGGCACGCCGGCCUCAGCGGAGCGCAGAGCAGGGUUCCAGGCCCGGUGAAAGUUUCCCUUCCCAAGCCGCAGGGCGCUUGCCGCCCGGAAACUGCCCAGGGCUUGCGGUGCUGAGUCCCGCGGACCCCUCUGAGGCGCGGGGACUCCCGCGGAAGACAGAGAAAUCGAGGAACGAGUGACAGCAGGACAGACCGCCCGGCCGUGAACCCGGGCGGCUCUGGGGUGCGCCCGCGGCUCCAGGUGAGCGGGGGAGCCUGGAAGACCCGAGGGUGGGCGUUACUUAGGUGGAGGAGGCGGAUGGGGAGGAGGAUUGGGGCGCAUCGGCUUACUCUGCUUCCCCUCGCAGGUCUUUCUCGGAGCCGCUGCCAUGGGAGAGCCAGCUUUGGGCGUCGGGGACCAGCCGCCGCUGCUGCCGCGCCUGCCUCGGAGCCGCGGCCCCAGUCCCCGCGCCCGAAGUCGGCCCGCUGCGUCCCCCUCUCGGGCUGCAGGGCCGCCUCCGCCGCGUCGCCGGCCCCGGCUGUGCCUGUGAUGAGCCGCAGCCCGCUGCGAGCCCUGCCCCCGGGCGCGCUCCCCCGGUUGCUCCCGGCCGCGCCUGCCGCCGCGCCGCGCGCCCUGCUCCCGCCGUGGCCCCGGCGCCCGGGCCGUCGUUGGCCCGCGUCCCCGCUCGGAAUGAAGGUGUUCCGCAGGAAGGCGCUGGUGCUGUGCGCGGGCUACGCGCUGCUGCUGGUGCUCACCAUGCUCAACCUCCUGGACUACAAGUGGCACAAGGAGCCGCUGCAGCAGUGCAGCCCCGACGGGCAGCUGGGUGCCGCGGCGGGGGCGGCUGGCGGCGGCUGGGGGCGCCCGGGGCCGCCGCCAGCAGUGCCGCCCCGCGUACACACCCGCCUGGACCCCCGUACGCCGUACCGCCCUGCCGCCGCCGCAGCCGCCGCCGCCGUCGUUGGGGCGGCCCCCGCCGCCGCAGCAGGGGUGGCGGGGGCCGUAGCCACUCCCCGCAAUGGCACUCGGGGCACCGGGGGUAGCGGAGAGAAGCGGCAGUUGGUGUAUGUGUUCACCACGUGGCGCUCGGGCUCAUCUUUCUUCGGUGAGCUCUUCAACCAGAACCCCGAGGUGUUCUUUCUGUACGAGCCAGUGUGGCACGUGUGGCAAAAACUGUACCCAGGGGACGCUGUUUCCCUGCAAGGGGCUGCGCGGGACAUGCUGAGCGCUCUGUAUCGCUGCGACCUCUCCGUCUUCCAGCUGUACAGCCCCGCGGGCAGCGGGGGGCGCAACCUCACCACGCUGGGCAUUUUUGGUGCGGCCACCAACAAAGUGGUGUGCUCCUCGCCACUCUGCCCCGCCUACCGCAAGGAGGUCGUGGGGCUGGUGGACGAUCGUGUGUGCAAGAAGUGCCCACCGCAGCGCCUGGCGCGCUUUGAGGAGGAGUGCCGCAAGUAUCACACGCUGGUCAUCAAGGGCGUGCGUGUCUUCGACGUGGCCGUGUUGGCGCCGCUGCUGCGCGACCCCGCCCUGGACCUCAAGGUCAUCCACCUAGUGCGCGAUCCUCGUGCUGUGGCCAGCUCACGCAUCCGCUCGCGCCACGGUCUCAUCCGCGAGAGCCUGCAGGUAGUGCGCAGCCGGGACCCGAGAGCCCACCGCAUGCCCUUCCUGGAGGCCGCUGGCCACAAGCUCGGUGUCAAGAAGGAGGGUGUGGGUGGCCCGGCAGACUACCACGCGCUUGGCGCUAUGGAGGUCAUUUGCAACAGCAUGGCCAAGACACUGCAGACGGCCCUGCAGCCCCCGGACUGGCUGCAAGGCCACUACCUGGUGGUGCGGUACGAGGACCUGGUGGGAGACCCCGUCAAGACCCUACGGAGGGUGUACGACUUUGUGGGGCUGCUAGUGAGCCCCGAAAUGGAACAGUUUGCCCUCAACAUGACCAGUGGCUCAGGCUCCUCCUCUAAGCCUUUUGUGGUGUCCGCUCGCAACGCCACGCAGGCCGCCAACGCCUGGCGGACGGCCCUCACCUUCCAGCAGAUCAAACAGGUGGAGGAGUUUUGCUACCAGCCCAUGGCCGUGCUGGGCUAUGAGCGGGUCAAUAGCCCCGAAGAGGUCAAAGACCUCAGUAAGACCCUGCUCCGGAAGCCCCGGCUCUGAGAGGGUUUUCUGGGAGACUUGAUUCCUUGUAGAGACACCCACGGGAGGAUUGUGGUGUAUUUAAACAAAAACAGCCCAGACCCAAACUGAGGAAGCCCACGUAUUCUAUUAUAGAUAUAUAAUAUAAAUAACCACACAGGCACUUGCUGUCAAUGUUUUGAGUCAUUGAAUUUCAAGGAACAGCCACAAUACACACACGUCUCAGAAAAGGCAAGACUUGAAAGCUCUGACCAGCUCCCCUCCUCUCCUCUCCCCUACCUUUUUUCUCCCAGUUCUUACCCUCUCUCCUACCUGCCUUGUGUUUUGAAGUGGGAUGUUGAUUAAAUCAAGGUCCAGUAACUUAAAUCUUGUUUACAAAAUUUUCGUCGCAUCUGUGAACACUUAAAAGAGUCAUUUGGAUGUGGGGUGGGGUGGGGUGGAGAAAGGGGAAGUUGUCCAGGAGCACAAAGCUCCGUUGGACAAACCAAGGAGGCAUUCUUCUAAAAGUAGACUUGUGUAAAAGGCAAAGGUUAUAAAGUGAGUAUUAAUAAAAAAAAGGUAAUAAAUAAUAUUCUUUUUAA